CAGGAUGUUUAUGGAGUGGCAUUCCUAUUCGGGAUGAAGAGAAGUCAGGAGGGAGACCCUAAACUUGGCUGCAGAGAAAGGAAGAAGGAAGAACAUUAUCCCCUGAGCGCUACAGAGCCUGAGCUGAGGAUCCAGGGAGGAGAUAAGGAUUAAGCUGCACUUUUGUGUGUCUUCAUUAAUGGGAUACAGGUUUUCAAAAGGAGACGGAGAAGAAAAAAACCCCAAAAAACUGGAAAGUUGGAGCCAAAGCCAACCAAGAUGGGAUUUAAGAAUUUCAAGGAUCUGAGAAUCAUGACCUCUGGACGCUUUCAUGCCUUUCUUCUCCUGCUGUUCUGUGUGCUCCAACGCUCUGAGCAAACCUGCCCUUCUGUCUGUCUCUGCAUAUCGGACACAGUGAGCUGUAGUGCUGCUGGUCUGAAUAGGCUGCCCCGCUCCCUGCCCUCCUUUCCCACUAAUCUUGACCUCAGCCACAACCACCUGACCUGGCUGGGCCCAAAAAGCUUCUACGUGAUGCCCAGGCUGGAAAAGCUCUGGAUGGCCCACAAUGAAAUCCGUAACCUAAGCCAUAACGUGUUCAGCAAUGUCUCCAGUCUCAGGGUGCUGGAUUUGUCCUCUAACAAGCUUCAGAUAGUGGAGCGACACCACUUCCAGGGGCUGUGGAGGCUGGAAGAGCUCCGUCUCUUCAACAACAAGAUCUCUCAAGUGGAGGCUGGCACGUUUAUCGGUCUAAGUAGCUUGAAAAAGGUUUAUUUGAGCUUCAAUCACAUUACAGACUUCCCAUUCUUCUCCAUCCAGGAUCACACUCAUCCUUUCUUGGCUAUGCUGGACCUGUCAUCCAACCGGAUGUCAAGCCUGCUAUGGGAGGAUGUAAAAGCUUUGCCCAGGCUGGUGCAGCAGGGGCUGUACAUUCACAACAACUCUCUCAUCUGCAACUGCUCCAUGUACAGCGUUUUUUGGCACUGGAAUCUAAGGAACUACGAUUCCAUUAGAGACUUUGCAGAUGAGCACUUCUGCAAUGUUAAUGGGGACCCUCGGACAUCCCUCCAGUUCCUUCAUAACAACCGGUUCUUCAAGAACUGCACUGUGGAAAAACCUGUAAUGCAGCCUGUGGUGGAUCUCCUCUCCGACGUGGUCAUCUAUGAGGGCGACAGGGCGCAUCUGGACUGCCUAACGUCCCUCACCAGCAAAGACCUAUCAUUUAGCUGGCUCUACCCACGCAGUGGCAUAAAUGACACAUUGAUCAGCAUGUUUCCUAAUGGCACCUUAGAGAUCCAAGCAGCCAUGGUCAAUGACUCAGGUAUAUAUCUUUGCACCGCUGUGGAUGUCAAACAAGGGCUGAAUGCAACACGUGAGGUGAAUGUGACUGUGCUGUUGCCUGCAGCAGUGCCAUUCAACACUGGUUACACAACACUGCUAUGCUGUUCUGUGACUUUGGUCCUCAUCUUCGCCUACCUCUUCCUGACUCCAUGCCAAUGUGGUUUCUGCAAAAAUCCUCCAGCAGCCUACAGCCAAGGCACCUUGUCAUGUAUUUUUUCGUGCUUCAGAAGACAGCAACCCAAUGGUGGAACUUUGAGGCAUGUUGCCUUUACGGAGCAACUGAUGGGUGAAGAAAGAGCAGGACAGAUACCUCAAAGCUCACAAUAGACUUUUUCUCUUUUUUGCUUCUUUUGUCAGUAAUAACAGAUAUUUGAUUAAACUUCUUACAUGGAGUUGAGAUGUCAUUUGAGGUAAAAUGCUGAAAGGGAAAAAAAGCCUCCAGUGUCUCCUUUUCAACAACCAGAAGAAAAGGAAAUCAAUUUUCUGUUUGAAUUCUUUUUUGUUCAAUGACUAGCUAGUCAAUAAAAAAGGUUUCAACAGGGGUUUAUUAUCCUUACCAUGGAGCUUUUAUCAGCCUUACAAAUCAGCUAAUAACUUCUCCUUUACACCAAGCUGCAGCUGUAGGAGGAGUAUUUUUUUCUUGAAUGAAUGAAUCUGACUCACUUCUCACAUUAAGUGUUUAGAGUGUAUUAAAACUCCUUCAAUACGGUGCAGCUGAAUUGUUGUGAGGACAG